UCUGUUGUGGACUGUCCUUUUCGUUUCCGGGCUGUUUAAUGUAAAGGUGGGGGUUUUGUUCUAGCCCAUAACACCAUAGCAACAUCAGUCCAAAUUGUCCUGUCAAUAUUUAUGGAAUAUACAGAAGGUUCGUCGCCGACGGAAGAGUUUUGAUUAGUUGCGCGCGGGAUCUGCUUCAAUAUGGCCUCCGUUGCAGGUGAUUCGGAGUCUGAACAGACGGACAGCAAUGCCAGCUACCUUCGAGCAGCCCGGUCAGGGAAUCUGGAGAAGGCCCUCGACUACCUGAAGAAUGGAGUGGAAAUCAACAUCUGCAACCAGAAUGGGUUGAACGCGCUGCACCUGGCCUCCAAGGAGGGUCAUGUGGAGGUGGUGGCCGAGCUCAUCAAGCAGGGAGCCAGCGUGGACGCCGCCACUAAGAAAGGGAACACAGCGCUUCACAUAGCCUCACUGGCCGGGCAGACAGAAGUGGUCAAAGAGCUGGUGACCAACGGGGCCAACGUCAACGCACAGUCUCAGAAUGGCUUCACCCCGCUGUACAUGGCCGCCCAGGAGAACCAUCUGGACGUGGUGCAGUACCUGCUGGACCACAGCUCGAGCCAGAGCAUCGCCACUGAG